GGUUUUUCACUCACCUGUUGGCAAGUGACUGGGGUUAACACAAAAGAGGCGGAAGAACAACACGGUUGCCACACAAAGACUUUUCACAGGAGCGCUGACUACCGAAGGACUGAAAUGUGGGGCUGUAUGUGUGUGGGAGUUGCAGCUGUGUACAUUUCCACAGUGGUAUGGAAGUGUAAAGAGGGGAGUGUUGUUGGAUACUGGGCUGCAGCCUCUGUGGCCUUUGGAUCUGGGCUAUACUUUGUCCUGUCUCCAGUCUGGUGUGGGGUGUCCUUGCUCUGCUGCAGCCUCGGCCUACACUGUCUGACUCUGAGGAUGAAGCAGAUGCUGCCACCUCAGGGGAAGGCAGUGCUGGUUACAGGAUGCGAUACUGGAUUUGGUCAUGCUGUGGCCAAGCAGCUGAGUGAGAUGGGAGUGCAGGUGUUUGCUGGUGUGUUGGAUGUGAACGGACCAGGAGCUCAGGAGCUGAAAGAGCGAGGAUCUGAAAACCUGCAUGUCCUGCAGCUCGAUGUGACUGACAGCUCCCAGAUAGAACAAGCUCACCAGCACAUCCGCUCUCAGGUUGGGCGAACAGGUUUGUGGGGUUUGGUGAAUAACGCGGGGAUCCUGCAGUGUCCAGUUGAUGCAGAGCUCCACCCAUUCUCAGGCUACAGACGCCUCAUGGAAGUGAACUUCUUGGCUGCAGUGAAGAUGUGUCAGGUCUUCCUCCCCCUGCUGCGAAGGUCAAGAGGACGCAUUGUUAACGUUUCCAGCUUAGCAGGUGAUGUACCAAUUCCAACAUUUGCUGCUUAUGGGGCCUCAAAGGCAGCACUGAGCACUUUCUCCAGAGUCAUGAGGCUGGAGUUGGCUGAAUGGGGAGUCAGAGUGUCCAUAAUUCAACCCACAGGCUUCAGAACAAAUAUCUAUGGGGUCAGUGGUGACACGCUCCGCUUCAGAGAUGAAAUCCUCAGAGACAUAUCACCUGAGACCAGAGAGGAUUAUGGGGAGGCUUACAUCUCCUCGUUCUCCACUAAUUUGUCCAAAAUGCCACAGCAGCUGCCCGACAAUCUGUCUCCAGUGGUGGACGACAUAUGUGACGCUCUGCUGUCGAUUCAACCCAAACCUCUGUACAUGCCAGGACAGAUGGGUUGGCUCCUGCCAUUUCUGCACCGUCACUGCCCCACCAGUGUCCUGGAUGUCUUAAUCAUAAAUCUCAUUAAACACACCAACUGUAAACCUGCAGGGCUGAGGAGCAACUGAGCUUCACAUGGAUUCACAAAGUGUCAUUUUAAUUGUGAUCUUCAAAUCAUCUCCUUAUGCUACAGAAAACCACUCAAACACACUUGAAAUAAAGCACUAUAAUGAAACUAUGAGCAUGACUGCUGAAACCUAAAACUAUAAAAACACCUUCUCAUACUGACAUUUGCUCUCAUCCACAUACCGUAUUUGUUGAGACCAUCUGCACUGUGUUUAUCUUAUGCAUUAUGUUGAAUCCUCUGUCUGUUAUGCUCUUUGGAUUUCUUAAUUUAUACCAGUCUUUCUCAAAUGGCGUACAUGUACUCUCAGGGGUACUUGGAAGAAGCCCAGGGAGUACUUGAAAUUUUUUUGGGGAAAAUACAUUAAAUAUGUCAUCAUGUACUGAAUACAAAAUAAAUAA